UGUUGUCAAUGUCCUCGUUGGUAUUUGUGUUUGUGUUAGUGCUUCAUUGGUUGAGUAACUUAACCGUAGAAAACAAUCAUUUGAAUUUUGAACCAUAGCAUUGUUCAAUGUUUCUUAGAAAUAUGGUUACUUCAAUUUUGUAUCCAAAAUAGCUUAUAUACCAGACAUUAACCAACGUUAGCUGAACUAUUGUCAUGUUAUGACAAGACCAAGAAAACAUCAUCAUCAUCAUCAUCAUCGUAUCUCAUUCAUAAUCAUGUUCUUGUGUGCAAGACAUGAACUUUCAUAGCUACAACAAGAAAUAACUGAAAAUGAGAACAUGGGUAGUUUCCCAAUUGCAACUAAAUCACAUAACAAGAUUGACCUUUGAAAAUCCAGUCUUGCUUCGAUUUCGACUUAGAAGGUCAUCAUCGUCGUUCCAUUCAUUUUCUUCACAAGAAAACUAUCUAAAUGGGAACUUCAGCAUUGUUCAUAGACAAAAGGUUAAUUUUCUUCCAUGUGAUUCUUCCCUGUUAUCAUGUAGUUGUCGUUGUUUUUGCAUUGCCAUUAAUCUGUUUGAUAAAAUGCCACAAAGGAAUUUUCAUGUAAGAGAGGUUCAUUUUGAUCUUGUUGUUGAUUGCAUUAAAUUGUCCCUCGAAAAACCUAAUAUUUUCACUGCCACUGUUGUUCAUUGUGCUGCCUUGAAGACAGGUGCUUUAGCUUACCUUCCAACUUCAACAUCUCUAUUCACUCUUUAUUCCAAAGCUGGAGACUUUACUUCAUCUAGGGUUUUAUUUGAACACAUUCACAACAGAGAUGUGAUUGCUUGGAAUGCUAUUAUUUCGGCAUCGCUCGAAAACAAAUGCUAUAGGACAGCAGUGGAGUUCUUUCAGAAAAUGAUCAAGGACCAAACUAGGUUUGAUUCCACCACUCUAUUGCUUGUGGUGUCAACUUUGUCACACUUGAAAAACUUUGGUCAAGGAAGGGUAAUUCAUUGUGUGAGUAUAAAAUCUGGGAUGCUUGUGGAUAUUAGUUUAUGUAAUGCUCUUAUUAACAUGUAUGCUAAGUGUGGUGACGUAAACUCUUCUGAUUCUGAGUGUCUGUUUGAAGAAAUGGAAUAUAAAGAUGUUGUUUCAUGGAACUCGAUAAUGAGAGGAUGUCUUUACAACGGUGAUCUGGAGAAAUCGUUGUGUUACUUCAGAAGGAUGAAUUUUUCGGAAGAAAGGGCAGAUCAUGUCAGCCUUUCUUGUGCUAUUUCAGCGUGUUCGAGUUUGGGAGAAUUGGCUUUUGGAGAAUGCAUUCAUGGUCAAGGAAUCAAGCUAGGAUACAAGGAUAACUCUUUUGUUUCGGUUGCAAACUCCCUCAUUUCGUUAUAUUCACAAUGUGAGGCCGUCGAUGUUGCCGAGACUGUAUUCAGAGAAAUGGCAUACAAAGAUAUUGUUUCUUGGAAUGCAAUGAUGGAAGGAUAUGCUUCAAAUGAAAAUAUUCAUGAAGCAUUUGAUCUUAUGGUUGAAAUGCAAACUACGGGAUGUUUCCAACCUGAUAUAGUAACAUUAACUACCAUGCUCCCUCUUUGUGCAGAACUAAUGCUUUACAGAGAAGGAAGAACUAUCCAUGGAUAUGCAAUUAGAAGACAUAUGGUACCUGAUCAUCUUCCUUUGAGGAAUGGCCUUAUAGACAUGUAUUCGAAGUGCAACGUUGUCGAGAAAGCCGAGCUCUUGUUCCAUUCUACUGCACAAAUAGACUUGGUGUCUUGGAAUGCAAUGAUAUCUGGUUAUUCUCAGAACAAGUAUUAUGAAAAGGCUCAAAAUUUAUUCAAAGAGCUUCUAUGUUGCGGUCAAAAUUGCAGCUCAUCAACUGUUUUCGCCAUUCUAUCUUCUUGCAACUCUGCAAAUAGUCUCAACUUUGGAAAAUCGGUUCACAUCUGGCAAUUAAAGUCCGGUUUUCUGAACCACACUCUCUUGGUAAAUUCUCUCAUGCAAAUGUAUAUCAACAGUGGAGACCUAACUUCAGGUUUCUCAAUUUUGCAAGAGAAUUCUUCUAUAGCAGAUAUUGCUUCAUGGAACACUAUAAUUGUAGGUUGUGUAAGAGGUGACCAAUUUCAAGAGGCUUUAGAGACUUUCAUGUUAAUGAGACAAGGACCUUCUUUCAACUAUGACUCCAUAACCCUUGUAAAUGUUUUGUCAGCCGUUGCAAACAUAGAACUACUCAACCAAGGAAAGUCUCUUCACAGCCUUGCACUUAAAUCUCCUUUCGGAUCAGAUACUCGUGUUCAGAACUCAUUAAUUACCAUGUAUGACAGAUGCAGGGACAUCAACAGUGCUAGAAAAGUGUUCAAAUUCCAUUCUAUUUCCAAUCUAUGCACAUGGAACUGCAUGAUCUCAGCUUUAUCUCAUAACAAGGAAAGUAGAGAAGCGUUGGAACUAUUCCGUCAUCUUCAGUUCAAACCAAAUGAGUUCACCAUUGUUAGUGUUCUCUCCGCAUGCACUCGAAUUGGUGUUCUAAUACACGGAAAACAAGUUCAUGGUUACACAUUCAGGUAUGGAUAUCAACAAAAUUCUUUCAUAUCAGCAGCUCUUGUAGACUUGUACAGCACCUGUGGAAGACUGGACAAUGCUGUCAAAGUAUUCAGACAUUCGCAGAAGUCAGAAUCAGCAUGGAAUUCAAUGAUUGCUGCAUAUGGUAAUCAUGGAAAUGGUGAGAAAGCAAUAGAACUAUUCCAUGAGAUGUGUGAUUUAGGAAUUAAAGUGACCAAAAGCACAUUUGUUAGCCUUUUAUCUGCAUGCAGCCAUUCAGGACUUGUGAACCAAGGACUUCAGUACUAUGAAUGUAUGUUGGAGAAAUAUGGCAUAAAACCUGAGGCUGAGCAUCAAGUUUAUGUGGUUAACAUGUUAGCAAGAUCAGGUAGAAUUGAUGAGGCUUAUCAGUUUACAAAAGGGUUGCAAUCCAAUGCAAGUUCAGGUGUAUGGGGGAUGCUUUUGAGUGUAUGCAACUAUCAUGGAGAACUUGAGUUGGGGAAAAAGGUUGCUGAAAAACUCUUUGAAAUGGAACCUCAAAAUGUCGGAUAUUAUAUAUCAUUGGCAAAUAUGUAUGUUGCUGCUGGAAGUUGGAAAGAUGCUACUGAUUUGAGACAAUAUAUACAUGACCAAGGAUUAAGAAAAUGUGCAGGUUAUAGUCUUAUUGAUGUUGGUUUGGGAUAGGAAAAGGUUAGACAACAUUGUCCAUUUCAAGGCCAAGACAUUGGUUCAUGCAUCUUGCAAAAGAAUACUACCUUCAUCCCUACACAUCCAAGACCGGUGGAACCAGCUCCUCUAAAGUAAGUAGUUAGUCAAGUGAAAAAAUCAAUUGUUGAUAUUGUAACCAUCCAUAAUAUGUUAUGCAUGUAUAUAUAAAUUAUAAUAUCAACCAUCAAUUUGUUUAUCAACUGUUGCAUUUACCAAUUGUAGCAAAUUGGGUUGGAAAUGAAAGUCUCUUUUGAAA